UUGUUUUGUUACUUACAUUUAGUUUAGAACUAACAUUUGAUCUAACAACUAUGAAGUCGCCGUAUUUAUUGUUUAUAAUUUUAUUGUAUUUAAUACAAAACUUGCUAGUGGGGGCCUUUGAAACAACGAGGGAACCAAAGGUGGCAGCAGCAAAGCAAACGACUCUAAAGUUGGCACAUGUGCUUUUUCGUCAUGGCAUAAGAACUCCUGUCAAUACUUAUUCUAAGGAUCCUUAUAAAAAUGAAACCUUUUUUCCCUAUGGUUGGGGUCACUUAACUAAUGAUGGUAAACGAGAUCUUUAUCAAAUGGGCAAAUGGUUGAGUCGACGUUAUAUGGAUUUCUUAGCACCCUACUACAAGCCAGAGUCUGUGUAUGCUAGAUCUACCGCUUCUCCACGCACUCUCAUGUCUAUGGCUACCGUAUUAGCCGGCAUGUUUCCUCCUAAUAACACACCCAUGAAAUGGAAUCCAAAACUGAAUUGGCAGCCGAUACCAAUCUUUUCGGAACCUUUGGAAAGAGAUGUAGUGAGUACUUAUAAAAACACAACUAAUGUAUAA